AUGGCCCCAAUUUCCCUGUGUGACACCAGCAGCAGGAGCGGCAGCAGCAGCAGCAGCAGCAGCAGCAGCAGCAGCAACAUCUCCACGCCAUCCUCGUCGCAAGACCUGCUCACCCUAAUCGAGCAGAUCAAGCAGGCGGUAUUGCAGGAAAAGAGCCCCGACCGGACGGCAAAGUCGCAUUUCCAGCUUCUGGGGUUAGUGGAUGAAUUGAAGCUGGCGGUCGAGACCCCGACAGAGACACUCCUGCGGCUUAUCUACCAGCCGCCUCAGAAUGCCGCUCUACGAACCGUCAUGGACUUGGGGCUAUUCCCGCUGCUAAUGGAACACAGCCCGACGGGCUUAUCAGCGACGGCACUGGCCGAGCAGACAGGGGCGGAGAGGGCGUUGAUCGUCCGCCUAAUGCGAGUAAUGGCCUCAUUAGGCCUAUGCACCAGCACAGAGCCCGAAACCUACAGAGCGAACGAUAAAACCGCAGCGUUGAUCCAGCCCAUUGGCCGGGACGGGAUCCCAUGCAUAUACGACCUCACGUUGCCGACACUAAGCAAACUCCCGGACUACUUCCGGGCGCACAACUACACGACGCCAAAGGAGUACGCAGCGGCGCCGAUGAAAUGGGCCGUGGGCGAGAGCCAGUUCGAGUGGUUGGCGCAGCACAAGCCGCGCCAGCAGCUGUUCAACUCGUACAUGGCGAGCCGGCGACACGGCAAGCCGAACUGGUUCGACAUCUACCCGGUCGAGCGACUGAGCGAGGGGUUGCGGCGCAACGACCCCGACGCGGUGUUUCUGGUCGACGUCGGCGGCAACCAGGGCCACGACCUGGUGAAGUUCCAGGAGCGGUACGCGAGCGCCAAGAUCCCCGGGCGAAGGGUCCUCCAGGAUCUGCCGAAGGUGGUGAAGCGCGAGCCCGGGAUGGGCAUCGAGGCGAUGGGGUAUAGCUUUCUCGAGCCGCAGGUUGUCAAAGGCGCCCGAGCCUACUACUUCCGCGCCAUCUUUCACGACUGGCCCGACUCCACCUGCCAGCAGAUCUUGGCCAACACCGUCGCGGCCAUGGACCCGACGUACUCGCGUCUGCUGAUCGUCGACAUGGUCCUGCCCGACACGGCGGCGCCGCUGCUGGCAGCUUCGCUCGAUAUCCAGAUGAUGAGCAUCGGGGCGGGCGUCGAGCGCUCCGAGCGUCAAUGGCGCGCGCUGCUGGCCGCGGCCGGGCUGGAGAUCCGCGGGAUCUGGAAUACGAAUCCGGGGAUGGAGUCGGUGAUUGAGGCGGCGGUGGUUUGCGAGAGUAGCCCCCAGGAUCAAUAG